CGUAAACAGAAGAAAGCGGAAACAAAAGAGUUUUUUUUUUUUUAAAUUAAUAAAAACACAAACACAUCCCCGGCUGUCGAAGUACUCAGGGAACAAACUACAGCCAUUGACUACGCCAGCAAUAACACCACACACAGCAACACAGCGUGAGUCCGGCAGCAUCAUGGCGCUCAAAAGAAUACAGAAGGAGUUGCAGGACUUGCAGAGAGACCCUCCAGCACAGUGCUCUGCUGGACCAGUGGGGGAUGACAUGUUUCAUUGGCAGGCAACAAUAAUGGGGCCGGGUGACAGUCCUUAUCAAGGAGGAGUUUUCUUUCUCACAAUCCACUUCCCCACCGACUACCCAUUCAAGCCACCAAAGGUAGCAUUUACAACAAAGAUUUAUCACCCAAAUAUAAACAGCAACGGGAGUAUCUGUUUGGACAUUCUCCGGUCACAGUGGUCUCCAGCACUAACCGUGUCUAAAGUUUUAUUGUCCAUAUGUUCGUUGCUUUGUGAUCCAAACCCAGAUGACCCCUUAGUGCCAGACAUAGCACACAUCUACAAAAACGACAAAGAGAAAUACAACAAAUUAGCGAAAGAAUGGACCCAAAAGUACGCCAUGUAAAGAAGAUAAGAACAAAGCUGCAAAGACAGGCUGAGAUCUCUCUUUGUUUUCCAUCCUUUUUUUUAAGUCAAAACACACUGAAAUUAUAGUACAAACUCAUCAGAUAAUCUUAGGUAACGUCCAUCAAACUGUAAAUCACCAUCAUUGUUGAUCUGAAGGAAAUAACAUCGUCAAAUAACAUCUACAUAGCCCCCCCCCCCCCAAAAAAAGGUCUUACUCGCUGAUCUUCAGGAUCUUCAGGUAGCUCCAUGGCUGAGUAACUGCAGGGGGAUCUCCAUUCCUGCUGCGUGUGAAGGAGACCUCAGAAACAUUGAAGGCUGAAUGUGUGUGGCCCCUUUUCAAAGGAAAACAGCAUAAUAGUCUCUUUGCAUUGUCACUUCAUGGACGUGUUGGCUUAUGGAGGGGUUUCUUGAUUUCAGUGUAGCAGACCAAGUUGAAUGAAAUUAAACAAUGUACUGUGGCAGUUUUCUUGAAAAUGGGAGCAAUUUCUUAUGUAUUACUGUGUUCUUUGAUGAUGAUGAUUAUUAUUAUUAUUAUUAUUAUUAUUAACAACACAUGUAUUGAGUCUGUCUGGAACUAUAUUGUUGUUCUGUUUUAUUUUAGAUUGAACUCAUCAAAGUGUAAAGCUGUCAUUAAAAUGAUGCGCUCUUGGCCCCUGAGAGUAGCUGUGAUGUUGGGUUGUGGUUGGAUUUGCACAGGUACAACAAUCAGGUUUUAAGCCCAGUGAGAAGAUUUAUUUAUGCUGUCCUGUUUAAGCUGCACUCCAUCGAAACAAAGGGUAAAGAUCCUGCUUUUUGUUCCUGUGUAAACAGUUUUCUACCUGUGUCUCUGAGGCCUGUGUGGCACAUUUUGUACUGAAUUAAAGAAUAGUACCAUUAUUA